AUGAUCCGCACCAAGGGCGAGGUCGGCACUGGUAACAUCAUCGAGGCCGUCCGCCACGUUCAUUCCGUUGUCGGCGGCAUCCGCGCUCUGCGCAAUAUGGACGAUGAUGAGGUGUUCGCCUUCGCCAAGCGCAUCGCCGCCCCUUACGACCUUUUUAUGCAGACCAAGCAGCUAGGGAGGCUCCCUGUCGUCCACUUCGCGGCUGAUCCCGCGCGAAGGGAUAGGGCUAUCGUGCAAGCGGUCACUCAUUACAGCGACCCAGAGAUGUGA